AUGACAGAUAUUACAGAAGAGCAUACGUGGUUACAAGCACAGCAUGAACUAAGUUUGAGGAAACUAAUAGAGAAUUCAGAAUAUCAAGAGGAACUGAAGUAUGACUUCAAUACAAAAGGACAACUGAGGCAUCUGGAUACAAAUGAGCCCUUUGUUUACAAUUAUUACAAGAAUGCACAUGAGCAGAAUCACAAACGUUACCAAGUUUUGGGACAUUUGAUUACUCACUAUGUUUACGAACUCCUGGAAAGAGUCUGCAUGUUACAGAAAGUUUAUAUUCCUACCGAUGCUAAAGAGGAUGAACCAAGAAGUUUCUUUUUCAUGAGUGAGAAUGCACUGAGAAGUUCUAGCCUGAUUGUCCUUCUUCAAGACUGUGGAGUUUUCCGUGCUGGACAGUGGGGGCAAAGGACGAUUGUCAGCGAGGGCCUGGAGCACGGAACACAAAUACCAUUCAUCCAAAAGGCCCUUCAAAACCAUGGAGGAGUGAUUGUACUGAAUCCCAAUGACAGUUUUGUUGAUCUCAAGGCUGACAAGGAGAGGUUAAGCUGUUCUGCCCCGGAAGAAUCACUGACUUCUACACAGUCCACCAGGUGGAUCCCCAAGCAGGACAGCAGCAACCCUGAGGAACACACCAUGUAUGUAUGGGAUCACUUCAUUUCAAAGAGCGCAGCCAAGAAUGUGGCCUUCAUUGCCCAUGGCUAUGGUGGGUUGGUGUUUGUUGAUCUGCUGGUGCAGCGAAAACAGGAGGUGAUGGAUAAAGUGUAUUCUGUGGCAUUCAUUGACUCCACGCACAACACACAGCACCAGGCUAGAAGUGAUCCACAAAUACAAGCAUGGAUAAAGAAAUACUGCCGACAGUGGGUGUCAAACAGUAAGCCCCUAGAUAAACCUGUAGGCACUCUCAUGAGAGUGAAUUGUCCUACUGUCUCUGCUGGAACAGAAAAGUAUGGUUUAGCACCCUCUUACUGCUUACAUGCCAUCUUUAGGUACCUGAAGAGCACACUGAAAGCCAAGACCACACCAGCCUUAAGGCAUUCACCUAUUGUAACCAGAAGCAGCACAAGCAAGAAGAGAGGCAAUAAAUAAAGGUAUACUGAUUUGUCCUUGAUAGUUGCCUCUUCCUUUCAUAACUGCCAC